GCUCCGCUCAGAACCUUUCCGGCGCGCUGGGCACAGGCUUCUGGCGGUUACUGCGAGCUGAACGCAUUCGUCUCUCCGCCGCCCGGUGACAUGCUGCAGAAGCCGAGGGGCCGCGGCCGGCCCAGCACUCAGUCCAAUCGGGAGCGAGACGAGGGAGGCGCUGGCGAGGAAGCGCCCAGCACGUCCCGCGGCGCGGUCGGCUCGUCUCAGGGCUCCCGCGCCUCCCUGUCGACCCCCACCGUAGGGCCGCGCACCCAGAAGCAGCUGGAGCUGAAGGUGGCGGAGUUGGUGCAGUUCCUGCUGAUCAAGGACCAGAAGAAAAUCCCCAUCAAGCGCACCGACAUCCUGAAGCACGUGGUGGGAGACUACCGGGACGUGUACCCCAACCUGCUGAAGCUGGCCGCUGAGCGCCUGCAGUACGUGUUCGGGUACAAGCUGGUGGAACUGGAGCCCAAGAGCCACACCUACAUCCUUAUCAACAUGUUGGAGCCCGUGGAUGAGGAUGCUGAGGUGAGGGGCGAUCAGGGUACACCUACCACGGGCCUGCUUAUGAUAGUCCUGGGGCUCAUCUUUAUGAAAGGCAACACCAUCACCGAGACCGAGGUCUGGGACUUCCUGCGGCGGCUCGGGGUGUACCCCACUAAGAAGCAUUUAAUUUUUGGCGACCCAAAGAAACUCAUUACCGAAGACUUUGUGCGGCAGCGCUACCUGGAGUACCGGAGGAUACCCCACACCGACCCUGUGGACUACGAAUUACAGUGGGGCCCGCGAACCAACUUGGAAACCAGCAAGAUGAAGGUUCUUAAGUUUGUGGCCAAAGUUCAUAAUCAGGACCCCAAAGACUGGCCCGCACAAUACUGCGAAGCUUUGGCAGAUGAGGAAAAUAGGGCGAGACCGGCAGCUAGUGGCCCAACCACUUCCUCUUGAACUAUUGAGAUGCAGUCUGAGGGACUCCCGAGAUCCAGGAUAAAAACUGGGAAAAGGGGUCCGAGGAAGCGUGAUUCUGUCAAGCGUAAAUGUCCUGUGGCAUUAACAUGUGUUGAAGAGGUUUUGUUUGGCUUAUUAUGGUU